AUGGGAGUCCUUCAGAACUUGAAGCUGUGGGAGAAUAACGUCACCUUCAUUGAUGAGAAUGGAGAGAUGGUGACCAAGAAAAUGCCACGCGUGGCUCCUGCGGCCCCGUGGAAGGUCGUUGGGCUUUUGACUCUGGAGAACUGGAUAUUUUUCAUCGUGGGCUUGGGUGCGUGGACAGCCGACGGUUAUGACUUCAACGCCGUCAACUUGGUCGUGACGGACCUGUCAGUGAAGUUCGAUAAAUCGCUCAACGCAAUUACCCUCUCUAUCACUCUGACGUUGCUCUUUCGCUCUUUGGGCGCCUUUAUCAUCGGGCUGUUGAGUGAUAUGUUCGGGAGGAAAUGGGUUAUGUCGAUCAAUCUCUGGGUUCUCGCAGUUCUCCAGAUUGGGACAGCAUUUUGCCCUAAUUACGGCGCCUUCAUCGGCGUCCGUUCUCUAUUCGGAAUCGCUAUGGGUGGGAUCUGGGGACUAGCUGCUGCCCUCGCUCUAGAGAAUAUGCCUGUUGACGCGCGCGGCCUCUUCUCAGGGAUUCUUCAACAGGGCUACUCGAUCGGCUACCUCAUUGCCGCGGUCAUGAACUUGGCUGUGGUGCCGAAAUCUCCACAAGGAUACAAGGCCAUCUUCUUCAUUGGCGCUGGGUUCACUGCUUUCUGGGCUAUUGUGGUUAUGCUCAUUCCAGAAUCGAGAAUCUAUCGCAAGCAGGACUUGGGAGAGGAAGCGCAACAUUCGAUGAAGAAACGCACUUCUCUAUUCCUGAAGGAUGCUAAACUAGCAGCUGUUCAAUACUGGAAGAUGUUCAUCUACUGUGUUGUCCUCUCGUCUGCCUUCAACUGGCAAUCACACGGCUCUCAGGAUAUGUACGUCACCUUCAUCAAAGUCCAGAAAGGCUUUGACAAUUACACAGCCAGUCUCCUCACCAUCCUUGGACAAUGCGGUGCCGUCGUCGGCGGCGCCAUCUGCGGCUACUACAGUCAAUUCUUCGGGCGCCGUCUCACUGUCGUCGCUGCUGUCUCCUUCGGCCUCGCCUUGAUCCCCCUCUGGACGCUCCCCAACGACUGGCGCGUCCUCGCCGUUGGCGUCUUCUUCUUACAAGCCGCCAACAACGGGUCCUGGGGCGUGAUGCCCGUCCUCCUGAACGAAUACGCGCCGCCGCAAUUCCGCGGCGUCUUCCCCGGCACCGUCUACCAGGUCGGCAACAUGGUGUCGGCGCCAGCGGCGCAGAUCCAGACCGUGGCUGCGACGCACUGGAUCAAGCACGGCAGGCCCAACUACUCGCAGGUCAUGCAGAUCGUGCUCUGCAUCGUGUUCGCCACGGUGGGGAUCGUGACGGCGUGCGGGCAGGAGCGGACAGGUAGCCACUUCGAGCUGGUGAGCAGGGCGGGUGCGGUGCAUGACGGGAAGGCGAAGGAGAUCGAGCUGGAUGAGGAGGCGGCGAUGGAGAUGGAUGGCAAGACUGGAUCUAGCCAUCAUGAGAACGCGAAGGCAGUGGAGGAACAGUGA